AUGGGUCUGUGGACGCAGCAUCUGGUGGGGAGGAGCGAGAAGGAGGACCUGAGUGUGGACAGUGCUGAGACCUUCUCGAGGCUGAAUGGCCAUGGCCUCCAGUCUGGACAAGAGAUCUGGGGGGAGACAGGGAGCAGAGCAGGACAGCUUCGCGUGACGAGGCAGGAGCUCCCCCGCAGCAGACUCUUCACCACGCCUGCCUGCGCGGACAAGCGGGAAGGAGGAGGACCCUGCCCCACACCCCCUGCCUGCCGGAAAUGGAGGUCUGGGUCUCGCUGCCCCUGCCACUGGCCUGCUGGGCCUCCAGUCCACCAGCCCACAUCUGUGGACAUCCUUACCCAGACGGUGCCACCUCCACCUCUAGAUUCUCCUGCCUACAACCACAGAGACACAGCCUCCUGUUUCUGCCUCCUCGCACGGGCCAGCCAAGGACACCGAGGCCAAGAAAGUCCUAGGUCCAGUGUCGUGUUUUGGAGCUCUGUGACCUCAUGCAAGGCCCUAGUCUCUCUGUUCCUGGAAGUACAACCAAGCCUCCUGCUCAGCGGAAACAGGCCUUUGUGCCUCAGAGCACAGUGCGUCAUGUACCCACCUGGCAUCCGGACCCCGCCUGGCAGCAGUAAGAGGAUGCCCAGCUCUGAGAGCCCAGGUGUCUCCUUCGAUUCGAGGGCUUCUCAGCUUGCCCCACCUGCUCAGUUCCUUGAAUACUGGCCAUGGGAACAGCGAGGGCUCAGUGCUCCAGAUGUCAUCAAUGACAACAAGAGCAACAAGAAAAAUGGCCUCCAGGAGCAGUGGAUUCAUAGUGCAGGCACCGAGCCCCAGCAACAACCCUGGAGGCAAAAGAGAGAGAGCGAGAUGGCAUGGGACACCUUUGCCCCUUCCCUCCAUCACCCUCAGGAAGAUAAGCACAGCCCCGGGCCCUGGAGGAGGCCUGAGGGCGGUGUGCAUAAAUGUUUGUUGCCGCAGCUCGACUGUCCCUGUCUGUGCAGAUGUAACCCCAAAGGUCCAUGAGAAAGAUUGCUUUGGGACUUAGGUCUGCUCCUGUAUCCAACCUGUCAUGGACAACAGACAGGGGCCAGGUGGAGACACCGGGGUCCUUUGGUGUAUUCCUAGUGUCUCUGGUUUCGGUUUGUCCAUUCACUUGUCUUCUUGUACAUUUUUCCAAUAUAAUAUGCAAGUUUCUAUAAUGAGUUUGUGUUGCACUUUUUUAUUACCCUAGUGGUUA